CCGGACCCCUCUCCCCUCUCCGGCCCAACCGGGCCCAGCUCGUCGGAGCCGGGAGCCGGGGAGGGGGGGGCCCUGAGCCACUUCUCCUUCUUCACGCCAACAUCCCCAGACGAUGGUGAAUGAUGAACGUGCCACAUCAUGAAGCUCUUGUGGCAGGUAACUGUGCACCACCACCACCACCGUCACCACCGUCACCACCACCACCGCCGCCACCGCGCCGGCAGAGCUGCCCUGGUCUCCUACCUGACCCUCCACGCCUGGAUUCUCUACGUCGCCGCCGCCUCCCCCGGCCCCCAGAGCUGCCCCUCCGUUUGUUCCUGCAGUAACCAGUUCAGCAAGGUGGUCUGCACCCGGCGCGGCCUCGCCGAGGUGCCCCCCGGCAUCCCCUCCAACACCCGCUAUCUCAACCUCAUGGAGAACAACAUCCAGAUGAUCCAGGCGGACACGUUCCGGCACCUGCAUCACCUGGAGGUCCUGCAGUUGGGCAGGAACGCCAUCCGGCAGAUCGAGGUGGGGGCCUUCAACGGCUUGGCCAGCCUCAACACCCUGGAGCUCUUUGACAACUGGUUGACCGUCAUCCCCAGCGGGGCCUUCGAGUACCUCUCCAAGCUGCGGGAGCUGUGGUUGAGGAACAACCCCAUCGAGAGCAUCCCCUCGUACGCCUUCAACCGGGUGCCCUCCCUCAUGCGCCUGGACCUGGGCGAGCUGAAGAAGCUGGAGUACAUCUCCGAGGGGGCUUUCGAGGGGUUGUACAACCUCAAGUACCUCAACCUGGGGAUGUGCAACAUUAAGGACAUGCCCAACCUGACGCCCUUGGUGGGGCUGGAGGAGCUGGAGAUGUCGGGCAAUAACUUCCCCGAGAUCAAACCGGGCUCCUUCCACGGGCUCAAGUCCCUCAAAAAGCUCUGGAUUAUGAACUCGCAGAUCAACCUGAUCGAGCGGAACGCCUUCGACGACCUGACGGCGCUGGUGGAGCUCAACCUGGCCCACAACAACCUCUCCUCCCUGCCCCACGACCUCUUCGCCCCGCUGCGGUACCUGGUGGAGCUCCACCUGCACCACAACCCCUGGGACUGCGACUGCGACAUCCUCUGGCUGUCGUGGUGGUUGCGGGAGUACAUCCCCACCAACUCCACCUGCUGCGGGCGCUGCCAUGCCCCCCUGCACAUGCGGGGCAGGUUCCUGGUGGAGGUGGACCAGACCUCCUUCCAGUGCUCGGCGCCCUUCAUCAUGGACGCCCCCAUGGACCUCAACAUCUCCGAGGGGCGGGUGGCCGAGCUCAAGUGCCGAACUCCUUCCAUGUCCUCCGUUAGGUGGUUGCUGCCUAACGGGACGGUCCUGAGCCACGCGUCCAGCCACCCGCGCAUCUCCGUCCUCAACGACGGCACCUUGAACUUCUCCCACGUCUUGUUGACGGACACCGGGGUUUACACCUGCAUGGUGACCAACGUGGCGGGGAACUCCAACGCCUCGGCCUACCUCAACGUGAGCACGGCCGAGCUCAACACCUCCAACUACAGCUUCUUCACCACCGUCACGGUGGAGACCACCGAGAUCUCCCCCGGAGGACAUCUCCCCCCAAGUUCACCAAGCCCGUCCCCACACACGUCGACGGGCUACCAGCCGGCGUACACCACCACCACCACCGUCCUGGUCCAGACCACCCGGACGCCCAAGCAGGUGGCCGUACCCACCGCCGACUCCGGCGACAAGAUGCAGACCAGCUUGGACGAGGUGAUGAAGACCACCAAGAUCAUCAUCGGUUGCUUCGUGGCGGUGACGCUGCUGGCGGCGGCCAUGCUCAUCGUCUUCUACAAACUCCGCAAGCGACACCAGCAACGCAGCACGGUGACGGCCGCCCGGACGGUGGAGAUCAUCCAGGUGGACGAGGACAUCCCACCCGCCGCCGCCGCCGCCGCGGCCACCACGGCGGCCAGCGCGGCCGGCGGAGCAGGUGAAGGGGCGGUGGUGCUGCCCGCCAUCCAUGACCACAUUAACUACAACACCUACAAACCCGCCCACGGGGCCCACUGGACAGAGAACAGCCUGGGGAACUCUCUGCACCCCCCCGGCACCACCCUGGCGGACCCCUAUAUAAUCCAGACCCACACCAAGGAGAAAGUCCAGGAAACCCAGAUAUGACUUAAUUUUCUUUUGGGGGGGGGGGGGGGAGAUUUUUUUCUUCCCUUUUUUUUUUUUUUGCGUCUUAUUUUUUCCUUCCUUUUUUUUUUCCUUCUUUUUUUUUGUCUUCUUAUUUUUUCUUCUUUUUUUAUCUUCUUUUCUUUUUCGUCUUUUUCUUCCUUUUUUCUUCU